GGAGGAGGCGCCGCCAUCAUGGCGGGCCUGGUGGAUUUCCAGGAUGAGGAGCAGGUGAAAAGCUACUUGCAGAACCUGGAGGUCGAGGGCCACUAUCAGUGCUACAAGGAGAACGAGCCGGAGGGGUGUCAUCGGCUGGUGGAUUAUUUGGAAGCAAUCAAGAAGAACUUCGACGAAGCGGCCAAAGUGCUGAAGUUCAACUGUGAGGAAAACCAUUAUACCGAUAGCUGCUAUAAACUCGGAAUGUAUUAUGUGACGGGAAAAGGUGGAUUGACCCCCAGUUUGAAGACGGCUUACGACUGCUUCCUGAAAGCCUGUGAGAACCCGGGCAAGAAAUCCAUCAGCGGUUGCCACAACGUCGGCCUCCUCACCCACGACGGGCACGUCAACGACGACCGGCCGGACCCCGCGCGGGCCAGGGACUACUAUACGAAGGCCUGCGAGGGCAACUAUGCCCCCAGCUGCUUCAAUCUUAGCACUAUCUACCUUCAAGGGGCCCCGGGGGUCCCCAAGGACAUGAGCGUGGCUCUGAAGUACUCGCUCAAAGCCUGCGACUUGGGCCACAUGUGGGCCUGCGCCAACGCCAGUCGAAUGUUCAAACUGGGCGACGGCGUCGGGAGGGAUGACGCCAAGGCGGAGGCCCUGAAAAAUCGGGCCCGGCAACUGCACCAAGAACAGCACAAGAGCGUUCAGUCUUUAACUUUUGGGGAGUGAGAUGGCUCGGAUAAGCAAGCUUUCCUCUCCGGCUGGUGGAACCCAACCGGUUCGGCGGGAUACACCCCUGAAGGGUAUUGGAGGCAGAAAGACGUUUUCUUGCGGCUCUUCCCCGGCCUUUUUCCCAACCACUCACCCUCCCUACUCCCCAAAAAUGGCCGGACUGUCGACUGGAACGGGAGAGAGGGAGGGAACCUAGAAUCAAUCCUUAAUGCCGUCCGUUUUUGGGGGUGGAUGGGCCGGUGAGGGCAAUAAAACUUCCUUUCUCUCUCUU